AUGAUAUUUUUAAUAUCUCACACCAUAAAUAUGUCUUCUUCUGGAGAAAACGAUAGAAUAUACAUAUAUGUUGAUUUAUUUGAUAAAAAGAAGAAAUAUUAUGAUACAUGUAUUGGGAAUACUUAUGAAAAUAUUUCAAAAGCUUACUGUAUAAACGAUGAACUGAAUAAUAUUGGAAUACAGGAUUUUGUUGAAACUUGUCCAAUGAUUAUUGACUGUUUAUAUGAACAAAGAGAAACAGCUACUGAAAAGGUUAAGGAUGAAGAUUGUAUAUCAUUGUUUUAUUGGACAUAUGAUAAAUACUAUAAAGAUAAAAAAGAAUAUGAUAAUAUAAAAAAGCACUACCAUGGAUUUCUGCAGGCAUAUAAUAAUUACACCGUGUCUAUAUGCCAUUAUUUUAAAGAAAAUCUUACAGAAGAUGUAUUGAAAAAACUCAGAGAUAUAUAUGAUAUGAACACUGAGCUAAAUAAAAUAAAAACUAAUAAUGUAUCUAACAUUAGCGAUAAAUGUGUGUGUGCCAAAAAGUUCGCUGAGGUCCAUAAAAAAUAUGAAAAUAUGUGCAAAUCCAAUGAUGAUAAACAUUUUUGUACUGAAUUAAAUAAACUUACAACAGAAUAUAAUUUACAAAUAAAAAAUAUAACUUGUGAAAAUAAUACACCAAGUUAUUUGUCUUUAUUCCAGAGAUACAAUAAAAAAGCACACAUUUAUGUUCCAAUUGUUGUAGCAUUAUUCACGAUUUGGGGAUCAUUUUUGCGUAACAUAAUCAUAAGAAAAAGAAACAUUAGUAAUAAUUUAUAUAAAGAGUCCAAUAUGUUACAGCCAUCUCAAAAGUUCAGUAGUAAUUCAAGAAAUAAGAAUUAUAAUAUAUUAUAUAAUUCUGAUUAA